CAAGAGUGCUACUGCAUCCGUAGCAAGCGAUGAGCUGCUGGACAGAGCCGUGGCACGCUUGUGAUACCAUCUUGUCGGUAAAUUGGAUGGAUGCGUGUUGCAAAUUCAGGGAAUAUAAGUAAAAUGAGGCCAGUUUUUUGUGGGAACCUUGACUAUGAUGUUCGCAUCUCAGAGGUUGAGCGCCUUUUUGGGAAGUAUGGAAGGGUGGAACGAGUGGAUCUAAAGACAGGGUUUGCAUUUGUCUACAUGGAAGAUGAACGCGAUGCUGAAGAUGCUAUCAGUAGACUUGAUGGAAUUGAUUUUGGCAGAAAAGGAAGGAGGAUCAGGGUUGAGUGGACAAAGGAGGAUCGCACUGUUGGCCGAAAAAGCAGCUCAAGGAGGUCUCCAACCAAUACAAAACCGACCAAAACCUUGUUUGUGAUCAACUUUGACCCGAUCAACACAAGAAUCCGAGAUCUGGAGAGGCACUUCGAUAAAUAUGGCAGGGUCGCAAAUGUAAGAAUCAAAAAGAACUUUGCCUUUAUCCAGUUUGAGAUACAGGAGGAUGCUACAAGAGCAUUGGAGGGUACUAAUGGAAGCCAUUUCAUGGACAGGGUGAUCUCUGUUGAGUAUGCACUUCGUGAUGACGAUGAAAAAGGUGAAAGAGGGAACGGGUACAGCCCAGACAGGAGAGGUCGUGAAAGAUCCCCAGGUAGAAGGCGUUCUCCUAGUCCCUACGGUAGAGGACGGGAGAGAGGUAGCCCAGAUUACGGGAGAAGCAAGGAGAGGGGGAGCCCAGACUAUGGCAGGGGAGGACGCAGCCCUGAUAAUGGCAGGGGAGUAAGCCCAGCUGGUGGUGGCAGAGGCGAUCAUGCCAGGGGUGGAGGGCGCAGUCCUGACUAUGAUCGCCAGCGCCGGGAAGCUAGUCCUCCAGGUUAUGACAGGUCCCCCAGCCGCUCACCUGGGAGGGAGGCGAGAGAGUAGAAGCAGCGUUCCAUUCCAUGCCUGUGUUCAAGCAUCAGAUGAAUGUGCAAGUUGGUAAUGUUAGCCAGCAGGAAACUUGUCUACUAUGCGCGUUAGCUCGUGUUUGACUUUCCACCCAUUUCAGUAUGAAGCGACCUCAGAAUGUAACUCAUGUAGUAGUAUUUUUUCAAUGGUAGCUUUCAGCACUGGUUUGAACCUGUUGUUGGCUUUAUUUUCUGAGUAAAAUGCACCACUCGAACUUUACGCAUUGUGUCACUUGGGUACUGAACUCAGAAAACCAGUUAAACGGAUCAUGAAACUUUGUUGGCCCAUGUAAAACCAUUCAAAGUCAGUUCUAUAAACCGGUAGCCACUUUUGUCA